CUACUUGCCAAUUCUCUUUCUUGCUCGUGCCGUGUUGUUGGCCAUCUAGCUCCAUUACGCUAUUCCUUUUUCUUUUCGCAUCUGUUGAUCUUGUUUACAAUUUUUGGAAUAACGCGUGCCUCUUAGAUGUUGGGAAUUGAGAAGGCCGGGUCAUCAGAUCUUUCAUCGUCUUCGACAGAGACGUCAGCUAUUUCUCCCAUCAGUAUGAUAAGUAUACCAUCAUCUCCGGACAAAGACAAGAAAAAAGUCUCAUUUGUGCGCUACAAUCCAGACAUACCUCAAAUCGUUACUUCCUUCAAAGGUUAUCAAAAAUUAAUGUUUCAAGGAUAUAGGUAUAAUAUUUACCAGGUGAUGCCAGAGCGAAACUUCAAAUCGUGGCGCUGCGUCUGUGCAAAGAAGAUUCCGGAUAAUGGUUCAUGGUGUAAGUGCCGUGCGGAGACCACAAUGGAUGACCAAAGGGCAGUGACAAAGGGCGAGCAUAACCAUCCACCCAAACACUUACUCGCCGAAUUGGAAUUCAUCAAGUCCCAACUCUUCAUGGCAGCUCUGGAAAAUCCUGAUCUCGAUGCUGGAGACCUUGUAAAUCAAGCAUGCGAUUACCUCAGUCAUGGAGUUGAGUUCGAAAACAAGGAGAGUCUACGCAAAAGCAUUCAACUAGCACGAUCAAGAGUAGGCAAACCGCGCAAGCCUAGGGCUCGACCGGUGAAUCCGCAGAAGAGGAAGCUGAUGAUGUUUGACGGGCUGGAUGACAUUUUGAAGACGGAAGAGGAUGAUGACUAUCCAAUGCAGGUCAUGAACGACAACAUCAUGGCGAGUCUAAUGAAGGUACCCAAGACGGAAAGGUCCAAUACGCCAUGUGACGCCGGCCUGCCCCUAUUCAACAAUGGUCUUUCAAUGGUGAAACCCGAAUCUCCAUUUCGCCAAACUGCAGCCGUACCUCCUCAACCAAAACCUGUAAACGAUGUGCCAAAUUCUCUACUACAAGCCAACCUGCUCAACGGAAUCACAGCCCCAUGGUUGAGCGUUGUCGAUCCAGAUACGAUGUCUUUGUUUUGGGCAAACAUCUUGAGCCCUGGUAGCAUGGACGUGCUCUCCACGUUUGCGGCGUUAUCCAAACCGAUCAUGGCUCCUCAGCCGAAACGAGAGAUUCCUGUAACUCCAGUAGCUUCAAGUCGUGAUAAUGUUCCUCUGCAGUUGAACUUCUCCACACCCCCAUCGCCGCUGAAGAUGGACGCUGGAUGUCAAACUGUUGAGGACAUCAAGGUCUCCCAAUGUCUUUCAUCUGGUUGCGGGUGUCGAAUAGUCCGAGUCUGCUGUUGUGAAAGCAGCACUUGUCACAAUCGACAUGCUUUGUGUUGAUUUGCGUUUCUCUAGUUUCGUCUCUUCUCUCCUCUCUCAUGUGUUAUCCAGCGAGCGUGCAAGUUUCUUUCCUCUCCUCUGCGCACUGAAAAAAUAUCACUUUUAUCAUUGUUUUCUGUUACAAGCACUUUCUGGCUGACCAUUGUUAUUUUAUUAUUUUUUCUUCCAUUUUUCUGUAUACUGAUUUGAGAUUCCUAACGCAGGUUGUGAGUGGCAAUAUAAUAAUUCUGCAACUCGUUUUGAGGCCUUAUUUUUGUGUCUUUGAUUCAUUUGAAGCCAUUUGAUAGUGUCUUUUCUGGUGUGUCUUCGUUUGCAUGUGAUGACCAUUAUCUGAAGCUGAAUGUGAUCUUUCGUGAAUCUUUCAUUAAUUCGAGGGCUUUUUCGUCCGGUCAGCAAUUAAUUUCUCCCAAAUAUCAAGUGAUAGCUCAAAACCGGUAGAUCCCAUUGUAGGUGCUUUCAGGAGCCGUCAUUUUACUUUAUAUUCAUCUUGUUUGCUUUCCACUUUCAUCCUUAUCGAGUACUUUCUUUCAUAUGUGCAACUGUAACUUAUGUAUCUAACACAGCUACCUCAGCGAGCUCUUUCCUCUCGAAAAUCUCCGCAUCAAGCGCUGAGGUAGCCAUCUCCUAUAUGAAUAUCCUGAACAUUCUAGCGGGUGGUGAUAGAACGAUUAUUACAUAAUAAGAGCACAAUAAUAAUUGAGAUGUGACAUUUUGUUUAUUAAUGCUGCCUCUGAAAUAUGUAAUUACUCUCGAAUUGUUUACCAGAUUAAUACCGAUGCAAUAAAAUAAUUCUGCUG